UACGAAAUCUGUUGGGGUGGUGGAUCAGAGAACCUUUCAAAAACAAAAUUAAAAAGAUUUCCGUUCCGUUUUGCAGCGAAGUGGUAUAUUUUUGCUUCUGCGGUUGGUGGCGUUAGUGUUGAGACUAUACCUUGAAAACCCAGCUGAGCGGAGAACACUUGUCCGCUGUCUGCUUGAUGUGAGAGAACGCGUGCCGAUGACAUUUCAAACAGACAACACUUCCAAUUCAUUGGCUCGGUCAACCGGAAGUCGCCCCUCGGGGGGAGAUGGUUGAUGGGUUAUAAAAGUCAGACAAAUCAUUUUACCGACUGAACGACAAUCUAGUCGCUAAAGUAAUUGCGUAAAUGGUCUUUCCGUCCCAAACAAGAAUUCAUCGGGAAUGUCGACACUUCUCUCCUCGUCGUUUUUUUCGCAUCCCACCAGUAGCUACCACAACUAUUUUCUCACCAACGCGGAAAAUGAGAAGAAUUACUUCAAAUCAACGAAGGUCGACGAUUAUGACCUGGAGAUUUUGUCCUCGGAUUUUUACCAAAACCUCGAAGAUUUUGACCCAUCUCUGUACAUAGACGAUCAACAGGCGUGGUCUUUGGACGAUGAAGACGAGAUAUCAAGCCUUGCAGUGAGUCUACAAAACACAUUGCUUCUUCAAAAGCAGAGGAAACGACCCAAGCGACCCCCGGAGGGGUACUUGUGCCAUCUUUGCUUUUGUAAAGGGCAUUACAUCAAAGAUUGUCCACAGGCCAGACCGAAAGGAGAGGGUCUCACUCCAUACCAGGGGAAGAAAAGAUGUUUUGGAGAAUUCAAAUGUCCCCUGUGUAAGCGCAAGUGGAUGAGCGGCAACAGCUGGGCGAACACUGGGCAACAGUGCAUUAAGUGUUACAUCAACGUGUAUCCGCACAAGCAGAGACCGCUGGACAAACCUGAUGGACUCGACGUGUCGGAUCAAACCAAGGAACAUCCUCAAGAUCUCUGCGAGAAAUGCAAGGGCCUUGGCUACUAUUGUCGCAGGGCUCAACAGAGUUAAGGAAAUUAGACCCGUUUAAAUUACACUUAAGGUUAUGGUACCUUUAAAAAGGAAAUUAUUGUUCGAAACCUACAUUUAGACUCAAUUAGGGGCGUGUGUUUUUUUUACAAGGAAAUAUUUUAAUUUUGUGUUAGGCUCUUCUGUGAAGAACAUAGCUUUGAUCUUUAGCUGCUAGGUAGCUGUGAAUUUUUAUUUCUUUAGGCCAGAAAGUUUCCUUGUCUUUGCUCGUAGACUCUCUGGUUCCAGUUGGAGUAUUGCUUACUUAAAUUUGAAAAUAUUGGAACUUUGACUCCACUUUAUAUAGACAGAUCAACUUGCACCCAAGGAAGAAUUCUAUUUUAAGUUGACGAAAUAUUUGUAAAUUAUUGCGCAGACUUGAGGACUCACGCCAGAGUCUCCCAGUGUAAUCGAUCGGAAACUUUGUUUUUGCCUUUUUGGGCACUGUUAUUUUUGUCAUAUUUAUCGCCAAGAAAUAUUAAAUAAAUUUCCCUCAUGGGUAUUCCACUUAGACAUAAGGAAAAUAAUAUAGGUAUCGAGACACAAUUUAAGGUUAUUUACUUUUCAAUACAUCAGUUUUCUUUAUUAAAAAUAUUUUUGGCGAUAAGAGCGAUCUUUUCAUCCAUGACAAACUAAAGAUUAGCACAAAAAGCCAUGCAAAUUCAUACUAGUUUUUUGAUCCUCGUUACAUUUGGACGGUUAAAUUUUUGUUUACCCACUUCAAAUAUAAACAAGAAAGCAACUGACAAUUUGUAAACCAAAAGAAAUAAAUUAAAUUUAUUCCAUGGAGUUAAUUUUAAAUUCAUGCUGAAACAAACACAUCAGAAACUGAAAUGUAUUUUCGUAGAAGUGAAAUAUCACGAAGGUAUAGAGAUGUAUUCAUUUUUUGGUCUUUAAACACAGGGAGUUACAUUUUUUUUAAAACAGUGUGUGAAGCUUAAAGCAUUUAUUGGCCCAUGUUUUUAUAAUUGUAAGUAAGUGUCAAGGAAAAACAUGGAUUUCUUUAUAGAGUAGAAUUUGUAUGACUUAAAUAUUUGGCAUUCUUAUUAAUGUGCAUAUUUUUAACAAUUGUAUGGUAUGUGAACAGUUACAGUCCUUUUUUGCCAUGAGUUUAUUCAUGUUAGAGCCUAAAGUAAGGAGCGACUUUUCCAAUGACUGAAACGACGACGGCCAAUCGAUGAGUUGGAAAUAAGACGAAACAAACCAAUCGGAACUUUAAAAGAACUCGAAGCCCAAACGGGUAGCCUGUGGAAAGCGCGGGAAAACAUGUAAGCGCGUUACCAGGGGAAAGCGCGGGAAAACAUGUAACCGCUCUUACCAGGAGA